AUGACUACUGAUUUUAAAGAAGAAAUUAAAUUAAAAGAAAAUAAACAAAUGGAUAAUUUUAAAUUUGAAAAUAUUUCUUUAAUUAAAAAAUUGGAAAUUGCAGAAAAAAGAGAAUUAGAAGCUAAAAUGUUAGAAGAUAAAUUACGUUCAGAAUUACACGAACUUCGUCUACAUUGGAGGCAAUCAGUUAAAGAAUUAGAAAUUUUACAAAAAGAAUUACGUGAAUGUAAAAUUUCUCGACAAGAAAUGGAAAGCCAAUUAAAAAUAUUUGAACGGGAAAUAAGUAAAUAUAAAGGACAAAUUGAGGCUCUUGAAAUGGAUCGUCGUCGUGUUGAUGCAAUAAUAAAACAAACAACAUUAGAAAGGAAUGCUUUAAAUAAAUCGUUAAAUACAAUGGAACGUGAAAAUUCUGAAUUACAAAAAUAUUGUCGUUCUUUGCAAUCUCAAGUUGAACGUUUAGAACAAGAUGGAGAUGAACGAGCAGAACAAUUAUUUAAAAGAAAAAUAAUUAAUUUAGAAACAGAAUUAACUAAAAUUGGACAACAAAAUAAACAACUUGAACAUCUUGUCCAAAAAGAAAGCAGUAAACUCCAUUAA